AUGGUGCGACCACUCCUUCUCUUCGCCUCACUCAAGCACCUUUGUUCGCACCUGACAAACUUUGGUGCACCGAAACCCUUCGUCACAGUGACUCUAACAUAUCGGACACCGAACAAGGAGCCGAUUUUCACUUUUGCGUUUCCUCCUACUCCUACUCCAUUUUUGAUGAAGGUGAUGGCUUCUUAUGGUUCAUGUUGUGUGGACGUGUCCGACAGUCUACUGCGUCAUUCGCGCCGUCGAGCGGUGUGUCGAAUCCACGCUGAUUGGGUGAGGUAG